AUGGCCGACGUUCCUCUGCAAGUCAUUUCGGAAAACUCCUCGUCAGAGCGCCGUAUCACCCCAUCAUGGACCAUCAGCCAGCUGAGGUCCAAGCUGGAGCCCAUCACGGGUAUUCCCCCUUCGUCCCAGAGAAUCAGCCUCAAGACCGCUUCGGCGAGCAUUCCGAUUGAGGCUGCCGAUGAGGACAACGCGCAUUUGACAGCUUUCCCGCUCGCCCCCUAUGCAGAGCUGCAUGUGGCCGACACACGGCCGGCAGGAGCCCGCCCGAACUUCACAGACACCACGGGUGUUGAGAAGUAUGUCAUGCCGGAGGAGGAGUAUGCCAAAAAGACCGACUCCGUCCUAGCAUGGAAGAAGGCCCAAAAGCUGGGUCGGUUCGAUCCUGACGCGCCAAGCAUUGAGGAGGCCAAGAUUGCAGCUAUCCAGCAGGAAAUUGACCAGCGGGGCAUUGCGGUAGGCAAGCGUUGCCGAGUUGGAGGCGAGGAUUCUCGCAGAGGUGUCGUCAAAUACGUUGGAGAUGUGAAGGAGAUCCCCGGAGGCCUGGGUCCCUGGAUCGGGGUUCACCUUGAUGAACCCGUUGGAAAGAACGACGGCAGCAUCAGUGGAACUAGGUAUUGGGGCGAGGAUUCGACCUUGAAGCAUGGCGUCUUCGUGAGGCCCGAGCGGGUUGAGGUUGGCGAUUGGCCGGUUCUGGACGACUUGGAAGACAUGGAGGAAAUUUGA